AUGUCGGAAACAAACGGGACCGCGAAUUCAGACGCAACCGGAACAAAUCUUGACGGCUCUUUCAAACCCCAGAAAAACCUGCCCAAAUCACCCACAGGUUCGGAUACUAGCUACGUAAAAAACAAGAGAGGAGAUAGGGAAUCCACCGACAUGGAAUUCGAGGAAUCAGAACACGAAGACAGGCCUAAACAUAAAAGGGUUAAACACCACCGAGGCGAAGAAGACAUCAACGAAAAACUGGAGGUAAUAAAAACUCAAAAACCAAAAGACAAAGUAAGCGCCCCAUUAACACCGGAACCCACCCAGACAACAGAAAGGUCGUAUGCCCAACUGGCCACCGUGCCACAAACAGACAGAAAACCACCAGCCGAAUGGAAAUCACCGGUGGCAACCAAACCGGUCAGCUAUGACACGGUCAUAAAAAUAAAGGAAGGUGAUAAUGGGGACCCAAUAACGGAACUAAAAAAAGUGCUCACCUCCAAAGAUGUAGAAAAAUUCCAGAUCAGACGUACACAAACGGCAGUCGUGAUAAACACUAAAACAAGGGAGGAGCAAAAACACCUACUUAAAAAACUGGAAAAUGUCGAGAAAAUCACUGCAAAAGAUGGGACACGAACCCAAUCACCAAUGAUUUUAAUUACGGGUGUACAAAAAGGAAAGUCCGAAGAAGAAUUACUGAGCAACAUAAAACAAGAAAACGAAGACUUAGACGAACUCUUCGGACAAAGAAUGGAAUCAGAACUAAAGCGACUAGGAGCAAGAAAUUGCAAAAAUGUUUUCAAAGAAAAUAUUAUUGUAUCGGAACCAUCAGACAUCAUUAAACAUAUAUUGAAAAAAGGCUUCAUCUACAUGGACCUAAUGAAGUACUACGUCGAGGAGCACAUAUCGGUGUCGAUGUGCUUCAAAUGCUGUAGGUUCGGGCACUCGGCUAAAUUGUGUAACUACGCCAUCGACGUGUGCUACAAGUGCGCGCAAAGACAUAGCGGCGCGACAUGCCAAUCCGGCAAAGUGGAGUGUAUAAAUUGCGGGCGGAGCAAAUCUAACAUAGUAGAACAAGACUGUGCUAGUACACCUGCAGACGACACAGAUGAUAGUGACAUAGAAGCAACUGAAACAAGUAUUGUGUCAUGUGAAUCCGACUCUGCUGCAGCUUCAAGCUCAAAUCGUGAAUCCAAUUCUGCUGCACCAUCAAGCUCAUAA